CCAUCGAUCGAGAACCACUCAAACACCAUCAGAGUUUUUCCCAAAGACGCCACUGACCCAAACCCCCUGCUCGCUCGCCGGCUAUCGAUUCAACCAUUUCACCUUUUUCUGGUGCCUGUUGUCGUCCUCCGAGUGCCCAGAGCCCACAGCUUGAAACGGGCGUCUCCAUGCGGCCCCAAACCCUUGACCCUGGCCAACCAGACCGAUCAUGAGCCAUAUCUUUUGCUCGCAUCGCAUGUGUCGAGGCACGCAGCUGAAAAUCCAUUUCUUUCGGUCCUUUUUCCCACUUGUAUCAAACUGUUCAAUCGUCCCUGCUUCAAAACACUCGCUUCUUCUAUAACGUUCGCUCUUGACUAUUGUUAUUGUUUUGCCUGUCGUUCGCUUUCGAUUCUCCCGCCUUGACGUUUCUAACGGAAACCUUCUCUUCGUUUCCCCAACGAUUGGCACCCAUUGAAUCCAAUACCUCCGACACCGAGUCUUCGCCAAACCGUGAAUAUACCUUGUUGUGAAGAGAUAUAGGAAAAGAAGUUGGAUCAUUGCCGUUUCACGGCGACGUGAUUAUCAUUCGGACACACCAUAUCACCACACCAUCAUGUGGAGGCCAUCGGCAGUGGCAUUGGCCUCUCUGGCUCUCCUUCCAUCUGUGCUGGGAACAGAUAUCUUGAAAACAAAUGGCUUCUCCAAUUGCAACAACGGGACAUCAACAAUCAAGGUCAACAAUGUCGACAUCUCUUUUGAUCGGUCGACGAACAAGAUCGACUUUGAUGUCUCCGGCUCCAGCACAAAGCAACAGUUCGUCACGGCCGAACUGAUUGUAACUGCAUAUGGCAUCAAAGUGUACAACAAUACCUUCGAUCCCUGUGAUGAUUCCACCAAAGUCGACCAGUUGUGUCCCGUUCCGGCAUCAUCAUUUUCCGCCAAUGGAUCACAAGUCAUCCCAUCACAGUACACCUCACUCAUUCCUUCAAUAGCCUACUCUCUGCCCGAUCUCGAUGGAACCGCUCAGAUGGUUCUCAAGGCCAAAGACGGACAAGAACUGGCCUGCAUUCAAUCCGGUGUUUCUAAUGGCAAGACUACGGAUGUGCCAGCGGUGUCGUAUGUCGCGGCGGCCAUCGCUGCCGGCGCGUUGGCGGUGUCACUGCUCGGCGCGGCUGCCACUGGAGCACAUCCUGGCUCGACUUCUUCCAGUCCUGGCUUUUUCGAGGUCAUGUGCUGGUUUCAAGGAAUGGCAAUGAACGGUAUGCACUCGGUCACGUACCCCGGCGUGUACCGCAGCUUUGCAAAGAACUUCGCUUUCAGCACUGGCCUCAUCUCUUGGGGUGGGCUCCAGCGGUCAAUUGACUCCUUUAGAUCUCACACGGGAGGCAAUUUGACCAACGACAGCUAUGACUACCUUAGAAACGCGACUCUGGUUUUCCCGGACGGCACCACCACCAAAACCACGACCGGCAUCGCAAAGCGAUCAGUCUCAUUGAUGCUUCGCCAGAUCACCACUUCCGUCAGCAAUAACACCAGCGCAGAUUCUGGCGACAGCAAUUCCAAGGAAUCACACCUUGUCAAAGGCAUUCAGGGCUACGUCGAGCAGCUCACGAUUCCCCAGGCCAACACCUUCAUGACCGUCCUCCUGAUCUUCGCAAUUGUUGUUGCGGCCAUCGUGGUCGGUAUUCUUCUUUUCAAAGUCAUUCUCGAGGCGUGGUCGCUUUUCGGCAGAUUCCCCAAGUCUCUGACCACUUUCCGCAAGGAAUAUUGGCGCAUCAUGGCUCAAACCAUCACCAACCUGAUUUUCCUGCUCUACGGCGUCUGGACCCUGUACUGCAUUUAUCAGUUCACACACGGCGACUCGUGGGCGGCCAAGCUUCUUGCAGGUCUCACCCUGGGCACGUUCACGGCGAUCUUGGGAUUCUACAUCUUCAAGAUUUGGAGCGUGGUCAGCAAGAUGAAGAAGAUUGAAGGCGACGCAAGUGCUCUGUUUGAAAACAAGGAGACCUGGAAGAAGUACAAGCUCUUCUACGAAAACUACAAGAAGGGAUAUUGGUGGCUCUUCAUCCCAGCCAUUGUCUACAUGUUCGCCAAAGGGUGCGUUCUGGCUGCAGGCGACGGUCAUGGCCUCGUUCAAACAAUUGGCCAGUUGAUCAUUGAGGCUCUCAUGCUCUUUCUGCUUCUGUGGAGCCGGCCGUACCAGCGCAAGUCGGGCAACUGGAUCAACAUCAUCAUUCAAAUCGUCCGUGUCAUGUCGGUCGUUUGUAUCUUGAUUUUUGUGGAAGAGCUUGGAAUCGCACAGACCACAAAGACCAUCACCGGCGUCGUCCUGAUUGUGGUCCAGUCUGCUCUGACCGCCAUCCUUGCAUUUCUGAUUGUCAUCAACAGCAUCAUUUCUUGCUGCAGAGAGAAUCCCCACCGCAAACGCCGCAAGGCUGCACAAAAGAAUCUUUCCCAGGACCUCGAGGGCGAUUCUUUCCUUCUCCAGCCAAAGCCGUACUCUGCAUCAUCUCCCCGUCACAACCGCGACAUGUCUGAAUUUGGACAGAGCUACGAACCGAUGCGCGCUCAGGCUUACUCGCGAUUCGGGCCGCGCGGAGAGGAAAGCGAAGAGACUUUGGUAAAGGGUGCUGCUGGCAUGGGGGCGAGCAGUUACCGCAGCUUGAGCCAGGGGAGGAGUGAGCACGCUGGAAGUCCUCCUCCGUUCUCGAGGGAACCAAGAUUGCCUGAUUUGGCCUUUGAACAAUAUCGUCAUAAAUAAAAGGAGGGUGAAAGAUGAGGAUGUCUGCGCUACAAUUCAGUCCUUGAGUAUGGCGCGCUGCUGUAUAUCGUCGAGGGCACGGUACACUUCUGAUUUCUAAAAGCAUAGCGUUGGUCAAUAUUGGGCACGACACGAAUCGAUAUUGGCAAUGAGCUGCCAUGAUGAUAUUACAUAGAUAUACUACACUAAUACUACACCCUGCACAUAUAUA